AUGUCGAAAUCGAAUGAAAACAAGAAACGAGGUGUCGCAGGACAAGUGAAAGUGAAAGAGGAGGAGCCCGAGAUGGAUGAUGAUAAUUUGGCUCCACCACCACCGGCCAAACGUGGUCCCGGACGUCCAAGAAAAGCGGAACGGGCCGGAGAAAGACGAGCAAAUAGCCAGCACAAUCGUCCAGUCGCCAACCUGGAGGAUGAUAUGUCGCGACCACCACAAGCCAAACGUGGUCGCGGUCGCCCACGACGUGUUGUGCUGGCCGAAGAUGAAGGAGGAAGUAGCCGCGACGCUCCUCCAGCGAAACGAGGUCGCGGUCGCCCAAAACGCGAAGUGAAGGCCGAGGAAGGAGAAUUGAAUAUCCUCCACAUUCCCCCAGCCAAUAGCGUUGCAGGACGCACCAGAAGUCAGAUCUUGAAAAAGAACAUCAAAAUUGAGGAAGAAGAUGUUGCACCAUCACGAUUCCUAACUGGUGCCGAAGAAAUCGCCAUAAUCAACAGGGAAUUUGAAUACGGCAUUAUCCAUGUUGGUGGUUCAUACAGGCCAGGAGCAGUGAAAUUGGAACCGCAGGAAAAUGAGGGUGCCGAAAUCUCUGGAGCUCGUUGGAAUCCAGUUUCCUUAGCUGCAACAAGCGCUCCGCUCAGAAACCACCUUCUCCAAAAUAUUCCUAUGCCGCCGAGAGAUAUAAAACAGGAAUUUUUUGGACAUGAGAUUGAUAAUUACGGAAUCGUCAAGGAAUUCUCCGAGACAGGUCAAUUCGAAGGACCAGUCCAACAGCUAGUUCCACAAGCUUUACUGGUUCCUGCUGUUUUUCAGAUAGCUGGAAUAAAGCAAGAACCUCAAAAUUAUGAUGAACAAUUCGAAAAUCAAGGAAGAGUCGAAGAAUACAUAGCGCCGGUGCCGCUCCAAGAAAAAGCCGUGGACUAUCAAGCUAUCCACCAACCGCAAUUGCUGCUUCAACCUGUAGGAUCACCGGUCACUGAUGUCUUUCCGCUUUACAUCAAGGUGGAGCCACAAGAUUAUUAUGAACAGUCUGAUAAUCAAAGAGUCUUCGAGGACAUCACGACGCCAGUGCCAUUCCAUGGAACAGACGACGACUCUCAUCGAUCGCAUUUGCUGCUUCAACCAGGAGGAUCACCGGUUAUGGAUGUUUUCUCGGUUCACAUCAAGGAGGAGCCACAAGAAUUUGAAGAACUGACAGCGGAUGCGCCUCCAUUCGAGCACCAAAUCGUUGAGGUCGUGGAACCUGCGGAGUGGGUUGGAAACUGCGUUAAAGUACCGGAUGAAAAGUGGAAACGCUGGGAAGAGGAAAGAGAAGCUGGAAUGAAAGAAUAUAUGGCACGUUUGACUGAAGAGUGCCGCCGAUUCGAUCCGAGAAUUUUGGAAAUGUUUGGCGGUCGAAUCCCCGAACUCACUCCUGCACUGAUUCUGCUUCUACAAAGAGGAAGUCAGGCAACUCACACAUGGGAGAUGAGUGUUUCCACGGAGCAGAUCUGGCGCGUAAUGGACAUGCUACAAAACAAUAAAAUUGCCAAAGGAUCAAUCAAAGUAAAGAAUCUGAAGAUAACGACAACACGUAACACUAAAUGCAUCAACGGGAGAAUGCUGGCUCGAUGGAUGUCGUACAUCGAUCCAGCAACUCUCCAAAAGAUUUCCAUCCAAGGAAAUUUCACUCACGGAGCUCUUCGGCAGCUUUCGAAGACGGAGCAGUGGAAGUCAUGCAAAGCUAUUGAGCUGGAUUCCAAGAACUUGUUCACAUUCAACCUCCUCUUUAAGAAGUGGAGAGGAAACCACUUGAGAGUGUUCAACGUAACCGUUAUCUCGAAGUUUGCCGACGAAUGGAAGAGUUUCGUGCAAGCAUUCAAGAGAAAGGCUUAUGGAUCAUCAUUUGAAAUUCGUGCCAAGGAAUAUAUUCCAUUCCCCGCGACCAGCUACAUCGAUGGGAAGGUGCGGGUCACCACGGCCCUCUUCUUCCUCAAAGGAGUCGUCGAGGAUAAUUGA